UUAUUGUUAAUGUAUAGUAAUUUGAAAAUUAUAAAUCACUUUCUUGAACCUAUUCUUGUUCUAAUUGUAAAACCCAGAAAACCAAUUUAAGGAUUAUUAAGGUUCUACAUACAGAUACAGACUACAAAUUAAUUAUUAGAUAUAAUCAACAAAUCAGUUAUAAAUAAUCAUAUUAUUUAUGAUGGUAUAAGAACCUAAUUGCGUCUUAAUAAAACGAUACAAUGGAAACACAUCCAUUAAACAAGGCGCAUCAGCAGCAUAGACGAGCUGAGGCACAUUUAAAAAAUAAUAAGUAUGAUGACGCCAUGCAAUGCCAUCAUAAUGCAGCAGAAUUACUGUUAGAUGCUAUGAAAUCUACUUCAUCUUCAGUAGCUCUCGAGUCAAUUACUUUGCAGCAUAGUUAUCACCUAAAACAGAAAGACCUUAUACAGAGUAAGAAAGAACAAUAUGUACGAGUUAAAAAGGCUAUGGAUAUCUUUAAAAAUGUGAGCAAAGAUUCACAAAUAAAUGUACCUGGCGAACCAUCAAAAGUCCAAGUAGCAAUUUAUAAAAACCUUAAUGCUUCAGAAACUCUUCUUCAUGAGUUAUCAACUAAUCAAGAUGUAGGUGAGAUUAAAGAUUUAGCUAAAUUGAGUGAAGGAAAGACAGAAAAACCUCAAAUAAUUGUAAUUGAAGAAUUACAGACCUUGAAUCAUAGUUUGCACUCAUUGGUUGAACAAUUAGUUCUACAAGUGGAAGUUUUAAAAGAUGAGAAUAUGACUUUGAGAGAAAGGGUGAACUUUCUAGAAAAGGAGAGAGUGAGGUAUCUAAAUAUUUCACAAGAUGGGAUUACAUUGAGUGAAGAACCUACCCGUAAUAAUUAGAUUAAAUUAUUAUAUUACUACUGUAUAUAUUUUAUAAUACUGAAUAACUAAAUCAUAUUUAUUUAAAUAUGCUGGUUUGUUGGUACAUUCAUGCUUGGUUUUGAUACCUUCCUUAUCUCAUAUAAAAAGAUGGCAUGUUUGCACUCUACAGAAAAUUGCUAUUGUUAAAUGUUAGAUGUGUUAUUUGUUGUGUUACAUUUUUAAUUAAAUAAACACUCUUAAUGUCAGAUAGUAUGGGAUACUAUAUUCUUAAGAUAAAUAUACAUUUUUGUAAAUAAAAGUCAUCUUAAAGCUUAUUUAUUGUAUUACAUAUUGGUUUUACAUAAAAAUAAAAUUACUCUUAACUUGAAAUGUAAAAAUAAUUUCUUGAACUAAGUCUACAUUUAUCCUAAAGAAUGUACACUUUAACAAAUAACUAUAAAUAGGUAUGUUAACAAGUUUUUUGGUAACAAAAAAUAUACACCAGAAUACCAUUAAAUACUGUAACAGCUAAUUUUGAGUUAUAUUCAGAUCUUUAAAAACACUUAAGUUAAAAAUGGUAAAACUUAAGAUUUGAGAUUUGUGAGUUAUCUCAAUGGUUAAAAAAUAUUAAAUGAGGCUCAUUUUA